UUCCGACAUAGGAACAGCACUGGGUUGGGAAUCUGCACUCCUGAGAGAAUGCUGGGAAUCUGCAGAGGGCGACGGAAAUUCCUGGCUGCCUCUCUGACUGUCCUUUUUGUCCCAGCCAUUACAUGGAUUUAUCUGUUUGCUGGGAGUUUUGAAGAUGGGAAGCCAGUGUCACUGUCUCCACUUGAAUCCCAGCCCCACAGUCCUCGGUACACGGCGUCGAGCCAGCGGGAGCGCGAGAGCUUGGAAGUCCGCAUGCGGGAGGUGGAGGAGGAGAACCGUGUGCUUCGCAAGCAGCUCAGCCUGGCACAGAGUCGCAGCCCCUCUCACCACCGCAGCAAUCACUCCAAAACCUACUCCAUGGAAGAAGGGACAGGCGACAGCGAGAGCCUGCGGGCUGGCAUUGUGGCGGGGAACAGCUCUGAGUGUGGGCAGCAACCAGCAGUGGAAAAAUGUGAGACCAUCCAUGUUGCCAUUGUCUGUGCAGGGUACAAUGCCAGUCGGGAUGUUGUCACACUUGUCAAGUCUGUCUUAUUUCACAGGCGAAACCCACUCCACUUCCACCUCAUCGCAGAUGCAAUUGCCAAACAGAUCCUGGCGACUCUGUUCCAGACAUGGAUGGUCCCUGCUGUGCGCGUAGACUUCUAUGAUGCAGAUGAGCUCAAGUCGGAAGUGUCUUGGAUCCCCAACAAACACUACUCUGGGAUUUACGGGCUGAUGAAGUUGGUUCUGACUAAGACUCUACCUUCCAAUCUUGAGCGAGUCAUUGUCCUCGACACAGACAUAACAUUUGCCACUGACAUUGCUGAGCUAUGGGCCGUCUUUCACAAGUUCAAAGGGCAGCAGGUUCUUGGCUUGGUGGAGAACCAGAGUGAUUGGUAUUUGGGCAACCUUUGGAAGAAUCAUCGGCCCUGGCCAGCGCUUGGGAGGGGCUACAACACAGGGGUUAUCUUGCUGCUUCUCGAUAAGUUACGGAAGAUGAAAUGGGAGCAGAUGUGGAGACUCACGGCAGAGCGGGAGUUAAUGAGCAUGCUGUCCACUUCACUGGCUGACCAGGAUAUCUUCAAUGCAGUCAUCAAACAAAACCCCUUCCUUGUCUACCAGCUUCCAUGUUUCUGGAAUGUGCAGCUGUCUGAUCACACCCGUUCUGAGCAGUGCUACAGAGAUGUGUCUGACCUGAAGGUGAUUCACUGGAACUCACCAAAGAAGCUGCGAGUGAAAAACAAGCACGUGGAGUUUUUCCGCAACCUCUACCUGACAUUCCUGGAAUACGAUGGGAAUUUGCUGAGACGGGAACUCUUUGGCUGCCCCAGUGAGGCAGAUGUUAACAGUGAAAAUCUCCAGAAACAGCUUUCUGAGCUGGACGAGGAUGACUUAUGCUAUGAAUUUCGUCGAGAACGUUUCACCGUCCAUCGCACUCAUUUGUAUUUUCUACAUUACGAAUAUGAGUCUGCUUCAGACAAUACUGAUGUAACACUGGUGGCUCAGCUUUCAAUGGACAGGCUCCAGAUGCUUGAAGCCAUCUGCAAACACUGGGAAGGUCCAAUCAGCCUGGCACUCUAUCUUUCUGAUGCAGAAGCCCAGCAAUUUCUGCGCUACGCCCAGGGCUCAGAAGUACUUAUGAGCCGCCACAAUGUUGGCUACCAUAUCGUGUACAAGGAGGGCCAGUUCUAUCCUGUGAAUCUGCUAAGGAACGUGGCCAUGAAGCAUAUCAGCACACCCUACAUGUUUCUGUCUGACAUUGACUUCUUGCCUAUGUAUGGACUCUACGAGUACCUCAGGAAGUCCGUCAUCCAGCUAGACCUGGCUAACACCAAGAAAGCUCUGAUUGUACCUGCUUUUGAGACCCUACGCUACCGCCUCUCCUUUCCCAAGUCAAAAGCAGAGCUGCUAUCUAUGUUGGACAUGGGAACCCUCUUCACAUUCAGGUAUCACGUCUGGACAAAAGGGCACGCGCCAACGAACUUUGCUAAGUGGCGAACAGCCACCACCCCCUACCGCGUUGAGUGGGAAGCAGACUUUGAGCCAUACGUUGUUGUGAGGAAGGACUGCCCGGAGUAUGACAGGCGGUUUGUUGGAUUUGGCUGGAACAAAGUAGCUCACAUCAUGGAACUGGAUGCACAGGAGUACGAGUUCACAGUGCUGCCCAACGCCUACAUGAUCCACAUGCCACACGCCCCCAGCUUCGACAUCACCAAGUUUCGCUCCAACAAGCAAUACCGCAUCUGUCUCAAGACCCUGAAAGAGGAGUUCCAGCAGGAUAUGUCACGCCACUAUGGCUUUGCAGCCCUCAAAUAUCUCACGGCAGAGAACAACAGCUAGCACAACAGAGCCCAUGUGUGGGAAACAGGGACACCGGAGGGAGGAGCCACUCAAAGUUUGGGGCCUGGUCUUCAAACUUCAAACUGAGAAAUACUUUCUGUUUUUAUAUCAUACCCGGCAAUUCUAACAGUAGAAAUUUGAAGUGACAUGUCUUCUGACUAUGCUCAUUCGUCCCUUCCCCGACUACCCCAGGCCUUUCAGCUUUAGCAUUUGUGAGGUGUCAACGAGAGGUGCCGGCCACACGCCCGCCAUGCUGCUGGAGGUGGGGACUGGGCAGGGGCUGGGAAUGCACUCUGCUCUCCUAAGUGCAGAGCAAAGACAGACCUUCAGAAUAUAG